CACACACCCCUGCCGCCCGCAGCUUCUCCUGCACCAUCUUCACCUUCGGCCAGACCGGCUCCGGGAAGACCUACACCCUCACGGGGCCUCCUCCCCAGGGAGAGGGGGUGCCUGUACCCCCCAGCCUGGCUGGCAUCAUGCAGAGGACCUUCGCCUGGCUGUUGGACCGUGUGCAGCACCUGGGCACCCCUGUCAGCCUCCACGCCUCCUACCUGGAGAUCUACAAUGAGCAGGUUCUAGACUUGCUGAGCCUGGGGUCUCCCCGGCCCCUCCCUGUUCGUUGGAACAAGACUCGGGGCUUCUACGUGGAGCAGCUGCGGGUGGUGGAGUUUGGGAGUCUGGGGGCCCUGAUGGAACUUCUGCAGAUGGGUCUUAGCCGCCGAAGGAGCUCAGCUCACACCCUGAACCAGGCCUCCAGCCGAAGCCAUGCCCUGCUCACACUCCAUAUCCGCCGCCAAACCUCCCAGCAGAUGCCUCCCGUGGGUCCCGGGGAACACCCUGCCGGAGGGAAGCUGUGCUUUGUAGACCUGGCUGGCAGCGAGAAGGUGGCGGCCACCGGAUCCCGUGGGGAGCUGAUGCUCGAGGCCAACAGCAUCAACCGCAGCCUGCUGGCGCUGGGCCACUGCAUCUCCCUGCUGCUGGACCCGCGGCGGAAGCAAAGCCACAUCCCCUUUCGAGACAGCAAGCUCACGAAGCUGCUGGCGGACUCACUGGGGGGGCGCGGGGUCACCCUCAUGGUGGCCUGCGUGUCGCCCUCAGCCCAGUGCCUUCCUGAGACCCUCAGCACCCUGCGAUACGCCAGCCGAGCUCAGCGGGUCACCACUCGGCCGCAGGCCCCCAAGUCCCCUAUGGCAAAGCAGCCCCAGCGCCUGGAAACGGAGAUAUUGCAGCUCCAGGCGGAGAACCGCCUUCUACGGUCCCAACUGAGCCAGAUGGACCUUAAGGCCUCUGAAUUCAGUGGGACCCGCGUGGCCUGGGCCCAGCAGAACCUCUAUGGGAUGCUCCAGGAGUUCAUGCUGGAGAAUGAGAGGCUCAGGAAGGAAAAGAGCCAGCUGCAGAGUAGCCGGGACCUGGCCCGGGAUGAGCAGCGCGUCCUGGCCCAGCAGGUCCACGAGCUGGAGCGGCGCCUCCUCUCUACCUGCUACCUCCACCAGCCCCCCCUUGGCCCAGCCCCACCAUGUCCCUGUGCGAUGGUGCCAGCUCCCUCCUGCCAUGUCCUGCCACCCCUCUGCUCCUGCCCCUGCUGCCACCUCUGCCCCCUGUGCCGAGCCCCACUGGCCCACUGGGCCUGCCCACGGAGGGAGCUCCACCUGCCCCAGGUGUUUGGCCCUAAGGCCCCUGACGGCAUUCCCCUGUCUGCCCGGCCCCCACCCUGGGUGCCCCCAUGCAGCCCUGGCUCUGCCAAGUGCCCCAGAGAGAGGAGUCACAGCGACUGGACUCAGACCCGAGUCCUGGCGGAGAUACUCACCGAGGAGGAGGUGGUACCUUCUGCACCUCCCCUGCCUGCGGGGCCCCCGAACACGUCACCAGUGCUGAGAGGUGGGGCCACGGUUCCGAACCUGGCCCGGAGACUGGAGGCCCUCAGAGACCAGAUCGGCAGCUCCCUGCGGCGGGGCCGGAGCCAGCCACCCACGCAUGAGAGCAAACGGAGCCCUAGCCGAGCCCUCCCUCCCUGCUGAGCGCAAAAUGGAAACACAGGAGACUGCGUGUGACCUUCGGCCGGGCUCUUUGCUCUGGGGCUUCAGUCUCUCCAUCUAUUAAAUGGGGAUAGCAGCUGCCCAUCCAUUCUGCAGUCUGGCUGGGCAAGGACCAUUCCUGAGGGUCGGGGUGACGGCUGGAGGGCCGUUUGGGGGAGUAAAGGGAGGGUGCCACCCCAGACUAUGAGUAAUGAGACUGGAUUCAGGAGAAGAGGAAACGUACCGAGGUUUCAGAUGAAACGUACAUGACAAUAAAGAGGCCUCAGCUCCUGUCUGGCUGGUCCUGUCCUUUGGGUAGUCACUCACUUCCCAUGGGGACAUCCCAGAUGAGGGGUUCUCGGGGGAGCCUGAGGAGGAGAAGGCAAGGACUCUUGGCAGAAGUGUGUGUCCCCUUCUGAUCAGGAACAUUCCA